CUAAUUUUAAGCCUGUUUUUUAUAGUUUGUCUCCAUUUUCCAUUGGAGUUGUUUAUUGUAGGAAUUACACCUAAAUUAUGAGGCUGCUGGUAUUAUUGGGAAUGCUGACAGCAUGUGCUGCAAUAACCCAAGAUCUGUCUGGGAAGAUGCUCAUCUUCCCUCUUGAAACCAACACAACUCAUGUGAAACUAAAAACAACAAAAAAGGAUUUCAACGGAGUAACUGUCUGUCAAAGAUCCUUUACAGACCUUGAAAGAACCCACCUCCUGUUCUCUUUAUCAACACCCACUUAUACAAAUGGCUUUCUGGUUCUCUGGCAUGGCUCUGACAAGGCACUGGGGAUUUAUACCAGGAAUGCAUAUGCAGUUUUUGGAAAACUUGACUACAAGCUAAACGCAUGGCACUCUGUCUGCACCACAUGGGAUUCUGCGUCCGGAUUGGUGCAGGUGUGGUUGGAUGGACGACCUUCCACUAAGAAAUUCACCAGCUCUGGAUCAACUAUAAACGGAAAUCCUAUAAUUAUUUUAGGACAGGAGCAGGACACUCACGGUGGCGGGUUUGACAUCAAGCAGUCUUUUGUUGGCAUGAUGUCUGAUGUCCACAUGUGGGACUACAUCCUCUCUCCCUGUGAGAUCCAGAAAUACGUGGAUGAACGAAAUUUCACUCCAGGGAAUGUGCUGAACUGGAGGGCCAUGGAUUUUCAGAUAAUAGACAAAGUGCUGCUAGAGAAUAAAGAAAUGGUUUGUUCUUAAACUCUAAAAUCAAUAUAAAAAGUAAGAAAAGGCAACGAUCAUAAAAAAAUGACCAACGCUAAAUCAAUGCUUUAGUAAUUGAUUACUUUUUGUAUAAUUGGAAUAUUAUGUUUUAUUUCCAUUUUGUUGCUUGUUGUUAGACAUGCUUGUCAUGGAAAAGGAUGCUGUUCCUGUUACAGAAUGACUUAGACCUCACAUUGUCCUAUGACCCCAAGCAAUGGUAUCACAAUGAGUAUAAUGUCUUUCUGCCACUAAACCAAUUUUACAGGCUGCCUCUAAGUGAGCGAGGAAUAUGGUGUAUCAAUAUGUCCUUCUAUAAGCCUCGUUAUUUCUUUUAAUAAAUAGGAAAAUUCUCUUCAUUACA